CCUCCAGGGCGCUGCGCUGCGCCCUGCGCGCCCGGCCCUUUGUGUGGCUGGCAGCCUCGGGGCUCGCUCCUCCUCCCCCGCCGGCCCGGGCUGCGCAGAGCAUCGCCCCCCACCCCCCGCAUUUAUCUUAAUUCGCCUCCGAGACAAGAUGGCAACGCCGGCGGCUGUAAAUCCUCCCGAAAUGGCUUCAGAUAUUCCUGGAUCAGUGACAUUGCCGGUUGCACCUAUGGCAACAGGACAGGUGAGAAUGGCAGGAUCCAUGCCUGCUAGAGGAGGAAAGAGGCGUUCUGGAAUGGAGUUUGAUGAUGAAGAUGGGGAAGGUCCCAGCAAAUUUUCAAGGGAGAAUCAUAGUGAAAUUGAAAGACGCAGGAGAAAUAAGAUGACACAGUAUAUCACUGAGCUGUCGGACAUGGUGCCCACCUGCAGUGCAUUGGCCCGUAAACCUGACAAGCUGACAAUUCUGCGUAUGGCUGUUUCGCACAUGAAGUCUAUGAGGGGCACCGGAAAUAAAUCUACUGAUGGGGCAUAUAAGCCUUCUUUCCUAACGGAACAGGAACUGAAACAUCUUAUCCUUGAGGCUGCAGAUGGGUUCCUGUUUGUAGUUGCAGCUGAGACCGGGAGAGUCAUCUACGUAUCGGAUUCCGUUACUCCAGUGCUGAACCAGCCACAGUCAGAGUGGUUUGGCAGCACACUCUAUGAGCAGGUUCAUCCAGAUGAUGUGGAAAAGCUGAGAGAGCAACUGUGUACAUCUGAAAACUCUAUGACAGGGCGAAUUUUGGACUUGAAGACUGGAACAGUAAAGAAGGAAGGUCAGCAGUCCUCAAUGAGGAUGUGCAUGGGAUCAAGACGUUCCUUCAUUUGCAGAAUGAGGUGUGGAAAUGCCCCUUUGGAUCAUUUACCUCUGAACAGAAUAACCACCAUGCGAAAAAGAUACAGGAAUGGCCUAGGCCCAGUAAAAGAAGGAGAAGCACAGUAUGCAGUAGUCCACUGCACUGGAUAUAUCAAGGCCUGGCCACCAGCAGGAAUGACUAUACCAGAAGAAGAUGCAGAAGUGGGACAAGGUAGCAAAUAUUGCCUUGUGGCAAUAGGGAGGCUUCAGGUAACUAGCUCACCUGUGUGCAUGGACAUGAAUGGAAUGUCUGUUCCUACCGAGUUCUUGUCUAGACACAACUCUGACGGAAUAAUCACAUUUGUUGAUCCAAGAUGUAUCAGUGUGAUUGGCUACCAACCACAGGAUCUUCUGGGAAAAGACAUUUUAGAAUUCUGCCAUCCGGAAGAUCAAAGCCAUUUGAGAGAGAGUUUCCAACAGGUUGUUAAACUGAAAGGCCAAGUCCUAUCUGUGAUGUAUCGUUUUCGUACCAAAAACCGGGAGUGGAUGUUAAUCAGGACCAGCAGCUUCACUUUUCAGAAUCCUUAUUCUGAUGAGAUUGAAUACAUCAUUUGCACCAACACUAACGUUAAACAGCUUCAGCAACAGCAAGCCGAGCUUGAAGUACAUCAGAGAGAUGGGUUGUCCUCCUAUGACUUAUCUCAGGUACCUGUUCCAAAUAUACCAACUAACGUUCAUGAGGGUGGAAAGCCAGUGGAGAAGCCAGACACUAUCUUCUCCCAGGAGCAGAAUCCUAGGUUUGCUGAGAUGUUUGCAGGAAUAACUGCUUCAGAUAAAAAAAUGAUGGCCUCUGCGUCCCCAGCAGGAAACCAACAGCUUUAUUCUCAGGGGAGCCCAUUCCAGCCAGGACAUUCAGGAAAGGCUUUCAGAAAGAAUGCAACACUGACAAGAAACAGCUCAUCCGUGGUACAUGUGCCUGGUGUGAACGAUAUCCAGUCCUCUUCUUCAACAGGCCAAAAUUUGACACAGAUCUCUCGUCAGUUAAAUCAGAGUCAGGUUGCCUGGACGGGGAGUCGUCCACCAUUUCCAGGACAGCAAAUCCCAUCACAAUCUGGCAAGACGCAAUCAUCACCCUUUGGAAUUGGAACCAGUCAUACCUAUCCAGCUGAUCCAUCAUCGUACAGCCCUCUCUCUAGCCCAGCCACUUCUUCCCCAAGUGGAAAUGCCUACUCGAGCCUAGCAAACAGAGGUGCAGGGUUUGCUGAGAGUGGCCAAAGCAGUGGACAAUUCCAAGGGAGACCUUCGGAGGUCUGGUCCCAGUGGCAAAGCCAGCAUCAUAAUCAGCAAAGCAGUGACCAGCAUUCUCACCAGCAGCCCAGUCAGACUGAAGUCUUCCAAGACAUGCUGCCUAUGCCGGGCGAUCCAACACAGGGCACUGGCAAUUACAACAUUGAAGAUUUUGCUGAUUUGGGCAUGUUUCCACCAUUUUCUGAGUAAUUUACAACGCAGACAAACCCUGUGAAAUGAAGUUCAACAAAACAAUUUCGGUGUGGUUUUGGCUCUGCUUUUCCUGUAUUGCAUUACCGUAGAAUCUACUAACAAGAAGUCACGUUUCUCAUAUUUUGGAUAGUGAUAUAGGAGUUUGCUCUCCCUCCCUUCCGGUGUGUGAGUGCUGAUGAAGAAGUUACGCCACUUGGUGGUGAUCAUUGACAGAUCCAUUUUGUAUUUUCUUGUCAUCUACCUCAGAGAUGAAAAACUUUGCUUGAUUGUGAAAAAUCUCUGAGUCCUAAAUAUUUGAAUGUGAACAAUUCCUAAUGCUCCCUUUGAAUGGUAAAUUUAAAAUAGAUAAUGAAGUAACAAAGACUAACAGAGAAAAGGUAAGGUAACGUCCAGUUACAGGGUCUAUUGUUCAGAUUCAAUGCCUUGCUUUGAUCUUAAAUCUCUGAAAACAGACUCCGUAUUCUGAUUUCUUUGAUUCUUGAGAUUUUUAGAUCAGUUUGAAUGUGAGAUUAUACAGCAUAAUAUAGUUCUCUCUGACCAGAAAAUUCAGCACCUUUUUUCCCCUCUCUUAACCCAGUUAAACUUGAAUAUGUGUACAUUUUAGUACUGUAUGUAUAUCUUGUGCUGUAUGAUGUGAUUUCCUGUAUUGGUAGGGUUUUUUUUUUUUAAUACAUAUAAAAUGGGUCCGUUUCAGAGUAUACCGAAAGGGGUGACAAUGUAUUGCAGAACUUAGAUAUUGCAGGAUUCUGCAUCACUUUACUUAGAAAUAACACUAAUUGGUUAAUUCUGGUAAUUCUGAUUUAUGCCAUCUAGUUACUUAUGCAAGCUGUUAUUCUUUUUUUCACUGAAUUUAUUAAGUGAGACCUAUAUUUCUAUAAUUUUCUCACUACCUGGUUUUAUUUUAUUUUUUGCCUUCUAUUAUUGCAUCCCCCAAAAAGUCCUUUUAUAAAAUUACUCUACAACAUAUCAAGAAGACUGUUUCAGCACCAGCAGCAUUUCCUGUCUGUGAACCCCUUUAUCUCUUGUGCAACCUUACAUUUGAACAGUUAAAAGAGGUGCCCUGUUACAAUAGAGGCAUCUAGGCUCAUUUACUGAGAGCAGUGAGCUAGUUUGUUUCAUGUGCCAAACAAUGUGGUUAAAACUAAUUUGUAAUAGGAACCAACCAGUCAAGCCAUUGUCUGCCAAAAACACUGGGGAGUUAACUUGAAUUUUCACUUGCAUGCUAAACUGCUGAGCAUCCACCUACUUCUGUUCAACCCACUGUCUGAGGGUUUCAGUUCACUGGGCAUUUUGGAGACUCAGGCCAUCCAGAAGGGUGGCCGGCUUUUUCAUGGCUCUGAGUCUUGCUGCCUGGCAUAGCCAUCAGAAACUUCUAGAACUUCCGUUCCUUUAUUUAUUUUCUCACAUCAGUUGAGUUACAGAGAUCUGAUCUAAAAUGAAGAUUUAGGGCCAAAUAGCCCCUGCUUGGGGGGAAAAAAUCACCCCUGGACAAGAAACUCAAAAUUCCCACUUGCUGAGCUUCUUUGAAAUUCUUUGUAGGUUGCAGCCCAGCCCCCUUGAAAAAGGGGAAGAGGGUCCAGCCGCCUAAACCUGUGGAUGCCCUGAGAUCCACGCAAAUCUCUGGACAUCUAAAAGAAGCAAGGGCCACACACCCAGAGGCCUGGUGUCUCCACACAUUACCAGCCCACAUGCUGCCAUUGCCUGGCUACUUGAAGCUACCUCUGAAUUCAGAGGUGUCUUCCAGCAGGGACGACAAUUGGCAUACGCUGUGUCAGCAUUGUCUUAGGUGCGUAAUCACUGGGGGUUCCUUGGGUGGAUGAUGCCAUGGAGAGCAACCAUCUCCCUAACUCAUGGCCUGCUCUGGCCACAUGGGUCUCAUCCAGAGAGACUUCCGCAGGCUGUCAGACCAAAGCUAGCGGGCCACAGAGACGCUGCUCCCAACCCUAAUCAUGUGACUGGGGCUUUUCUCACCCUACUCUGCUUUCUGGCAUGUCACAUAGUGGGGUAAGUGGUCUUCAAUGUUCAGUGAGAGUUUUGCCUGCCGUUUGCCUCUUCGCUUCAUUCUCCAGGACCAGUCCCCAGCCCUGUGUGCCACUGGAGGGAUGGUUUGUGUAUGUGUCUUUUUUGCUUGUGUUUUUUAAUGAAAACUGAAUCUAGUUCAAAGCUAGAUAAAGAACUGCAGAGGCCCCAGAUCUCUGGAGUGUACUUGUCUCAGCAGAGUCAUCCUGUUUUAAAAAUGGGCACCUCUUCUCCUGCCCCAGGGGAUGAGAGGAAUACUCAGCUAGCUGAGGAAACCAUGCACUUAAACUAUAUUUAUUUUAAUACCUGGAUAUUGAUUCUCUUGAAGCUGCCCCUGCCGCCCUUCACUCCCAUCUCACACACGCUGCAUGGACAAAGAACUGAUCAGUGAGUUAGACUAGAAAAGCUCUGCUCCCUGUAGUGAGCAUAUCCUUGAAUUCACUGACACCCCCACCCCCCAAAAGAUGCCUGUAUUCUACACAUGGCUGUGUGGGUGAGGUGAGACAUCUGCAAUAGGGAAUGAUAGUAAAAGGAGAAGUAGAUGAUCCUGAUUCUGUGACAGAUCUAACAAUGGGGGAAGAAGGGAGUGGCCCAGCAAUUUAUAGCUCUUUAUAUAAUGCACUGGACAUGAUCCAGUCAGUAUUUUUAAAAAUUUAAAAAUGAGGAUUUCUGUCAAGUGAAAAAUGGAUUGGAAAAUGGGGCUCCUAUGUUGCAGUCUACCUGACAGGUUGCUCUGCGUGUAUGUAUACUUUACUUGUUGUUCCUGAAUUCAGUCUAAAAUAAUGUGUUUAUGAAAACUGGUUUUUCCAGCCCAGAAAAGUUUCUCUACAUAUCACUGUCUUUUUAUACUAUCAAUGUGUAGAAGUAGGCUUAUCAGUCAGUAUUUGGUAGUACAGUUCGAAGUUCUUUGUUAAAAGAUAUUCAAGCAUGUCUAUUUUUUUAAAAUACAGUAUUACUAGUUUGAAGCCAGUGUGCCCAAGGCAUCAGUGCUAGGUCUGUUUCUUGUCUUCUUCCUCCCCAUCCCACCCCAUCCUUGUGGCCACGAAAGGGAAUUACUGUAGUAUUAAAGGUUUCAGAGUAGCAGCCGUGUUAGUCUGUAUCCGCAAAAAGAACAGGAGUACUUGUGGCACCUUAGAGACUAACAAAUUUGUUAGUCUCUAAGGUGCCACAAGUACUCCUGUUCUUUUUGUAGUAUUAAAGGCCAGUCUAGAAGAGUGCAAGGCUUUCACCCACUUCACUUUGGGCCACAGUAUGCUCUGUUUGUAUUCUGCUAUCCUGGGCCAACGCUUUCUCCCUGUUUCUCCAUUCUCCCUAGCUCCCCUCCAGCUGAUCCCACCCACAGUAUCUUGACGUUGUUUUCCCUAUGUUGGAAGGGAAGAUGUGGGUGAUCUUUUCUGAGGGUGCUGUUACUUUCACGCUAGCAAGAAGGGAGUUCUUAAGGAGCAGUGUGGCUGACAACCUUAUUCCUGAGACCAAGUGAAUAGGCAAGUCCAGCAUUCACUAGUGUUCCUCUACAGUACGUGCUGCCUCCAUGCCACUGGCUGGCUCUUCUGAAAUAUCUUUCUCAUUCUAAUUCUUGUGGCAGCAAAGGCUGUUUUAGCAUAAGUGAAGCUAUAUUCUUCGUUGUGUGUCUUGAUGGUAAUAAAACAACUUACAUGUAUAAUGACUGAAGUUGCUAAGUGCAUUUUAAAACUGUCCUUUUUUAUUUGUGCAGUUAGCAUAACGCCUGUGGUAGGUCAGCUGCCAGCUUGCAGAGUUUGCAGAUUUGACAUGCAGAUUUUUUUCUACCUGCAGACUUGUGUUUUCUGAUCAGAUUUUAUUGCAAACACAGGGUUUCGGAAAUCAGUGCGAAAUACAGAACUGAAGCUUUUUAAAUCAAGUGUGCAAGAAGCUACAAAUGAUAAUGUAACAAGCUGAGUAAGUUACUUCAGCAAAUAAGCUUAUAGACUGGGACCAUUUUCGUAUGCUGAGGCAUUUACUUAUUCGUUCAUAUAAUCAAGCCUGUUUCCUGACAUUAAGUAUUUUACAGGAAUGAUUGUAUUGCGUAACUUGUUAAAGGCACCACUGACAGUGCCUACAAUUAUACUUUAACCAGAUGUGUCCAUAACUAGCUUUGUUGCCUUCUUUUUCAUGAAGCCCAGUCUGAAACUGUAAAUACUUUUUGCAGUACUGCCUUUUUUAACUCCUAAUUACUUUUGGCACAGUGUUGUAUAGUGUUGGAUUUACCCAAUUGCUAUAACAUAUAUUUUUAUACAUAGGCGUACUCUUUUUCGAGAGUAAUACAGCCACUUAAUCAUUAAUGCCUUAUCGGUGUCAUACUGCUGUUGCUCUUUGGUUGGUUGGUUUGCAAGGUAUCCAGUGGGUUAAUUUUUAGGUCAGAUAUUUUCAUAUUCAUAGCAGUGCUCAAAUUGGGAUAUAGGUGAUUGUGCGGUAGCCCCAGUUUUCACUGUUGCCAAUUGUGGAGAGGAAGGGGAAUGUAUUCCAAAAUGGGGAAAAGGAGGGGGGAAGGGGGGGCGUACCAUGACAUUUAUGGGGGCACUCUCCUACUCCUAACUUGAGCACGUUUUCAUGGGUUGACAGCUGCGUGGAUAUGGACCAGUUUGCUUAGAGUCAUGAUCUUUUUUUAAAGGUAAUAAAUGCCAAAAAAAGGCUUCUGUUGUCAAGUUAGGCACUUGGUUACUUAUCUGUUUAAACUCUUUAUAUUGCUGUGAAAUUGUGCUGUGGAUAAAGUGUAUUUUGUACUUCUGAAUGUUCUAUAUUUAUGACUAACAGUUACAGAAUCAGUUGUGUGUAUGUAUAUCUAAUAACUGACUUUUUAAAUUUCAUUAAAAUAAAAAUGUCAUGAGCUAUUA